AUGGCUGUGUUGAGUGAGGCUCUGACGCAGAUCCUGAUACCAACCAGUGCCUUGAUUGGCAUUGGCUUUGCUCUGCUUCAGUGGCUGUUGGUCUCGAAGGUCAAGGUCUCGGUUGAUUAUGGCAAGAAAGAUGGGUACAAGGACAAGCUGAUCGAGGAUGAAGAGGAGGGUGCUGAGAAUGCCGAUGCCGUCAUCAAGUGCGCCGAGAUUCAGAACGCCAUUUCUGUCGGGGCGACUUCUUUCCUAUUUACUCAGUACAAGUACCUCGGCAUCUUCAUGGUCGCCUUCGCCGUCGUCAUUUUCCUCUUCCUUGGUUCAGUCAAGGGGUUCAGCACCCAGAGUGAACCCUGCACUUACAAUCCAGGAAACCUCUGCAAACCGGCUCUGGCCAAUGCAAUGUUCAGCACCAUCGCCUUUUUGCUUGGCGCGCUCACCUCCGUGCUCUCAGGUUUUCUUGGCAUGAAGAUUGCAACCUAUGCAAAUGCAAGAACCACGUUAGAAGCAAGGAAAGGUGUUGGGAAGGCAUUCAUAACAGCUUUCCGCUCAGGCGCUGUGAUGGGAUUUCUUCUUGCUGCAAAUGGUCUUUUGGUUCUUUAUGUUACCAUCAAUCUGUUUAAGCUGUACUAUGGGGACGACUGGGAGGGGCUUUAUGAAUCUAUUACGGGCUAUGGUCUUGGGGGUUCUUCAAUGGCACUUUUUGGAAGAGUUGGUGGUGGCAUAUACACAAAAGCAGCUGAUGUUGGCGCCGACCUUGUUGGGAAAGUUGAAAAGAACAUCCCUGAAGAUGACCCAAGAAACCCAGCUGUCAUUGCUGAUAAUGUGGGUGACAACGUGGGGGACAUUGCCGGGAUGGGUUCCGAUCUAUUUGGUUCUUAUGCAGAGUCAUCUUGCGCUGCACUUUUCGUCGCCUCAAUUUCAUCCUUUGGGAUAACCCAUGACUACUCAGCCAUGUCUUAUCCUUUGACCAUUAGUGCAAUGGGCAUUGUAAUUUGCUUGAUAACUACACUUUUUGCCACCGACCUUGCUGAGAUUAGACACGUGAGCGAGAUCGAGCCGUCACUAAAGCGCCAACUUUUGAUCUCAACCAUUUUGAUGACUGCUGGCAUUGCCGUGGUCAGCUUCUUCGCUUUACCAUCUGAGUUUACUCUCUUCAACUUUGGUACCGAGAAGGCUGUAAAGAACUGGCACCUCUUCUUCUGUGUGUCCAUCGGCCUGUGGGCUGGGCUAGCCAUUGGAUAUACCACCGAGUAUUACACAAGCAAUGCUUACAGUCCGGUGCAGGAUGUAGCUGAUUCUUGCAGGACAGGUGCUGCGACAAACGUGAUAUUUGGCUUAGCUCUCGGAUACAAAUCUGUCAUCAUUCCCAUAUUUGCGAUAGCCAUUGCCAUUUACAUCAGCUUCAGCUUGGCUGCAAUGUAUGGAGUUGCUGUUGCUGCAUUGGGAAUGCUCAGCACUAUUGCCACCGGUCUCGCAAUUGACGCCUAUGGACCUAUUAGUGACAAUGCUGGCGGUAUCGCAGAAAUGGCUGGAAUGAGCCAUAAGAUACGCGAGCGAACAGAUGCUCUGGAUGCUGCAGGAAACACCACAGCUGCAAUUGGCAAGGGCUUUGCGAUCGGAUCAGCUGCUCUUGUCUCUCUUGCCUUGUUCGGCGCCUUUGUAAGCAGAGCAGGCAUCAAGACCGUGGAUGUGCUCACACCAAAGGUCUUCAUAGGGCUCAUCGUGGGUGCCAUGCUUCCGUACUGGUUCUCUGCCAUGACAAUGAAGAGUGUUGGAAGUGCAGCAUUGAAAAUGGUCGAAGAGGUCAGGCGCCAAUUCAAUACGAUCCCAGGGCUCAUGGAAGGAAGAGCGAAACCGGACUAUGCCAACUGUGUCAAGAUCUCUACCGACGCUUCUCUGAGAGAAAUGAUCCCUCCCGGCGCUUUGGUCAUGCUCACCCCUCUUAUUGCCGGAACCUUAUUCGGCGUGGAGACUCUGGCAGGAGUUCUCGCCGGUUCACUUGUUUCCGGCGUGCAGGUUGCCAUUUCAGCUUCCAAUACUGGCGGAGCAUGGGACAAUGCUAAGAAAUACAUAGAGGCUGGGGCAUCUGAGCACGCGAAAUCACUCGGUCCUAAGGGAUCUGACCCGCACAAGGCUGCUGUCAUCGGCGACACUAUCGGCGACCCGCUCAAGGACACCUCGGGUCCAUCGCUCAACAUACUGAUCAAGCUCAUGGCGGUCGAGUCGCUGGUGUUCGCUCCGUUCUUCGCUGCCCACGGCGGCUUGUUGUUCAAGCUGCUGUGAGUUGGUAGCAUCGCCUUUGACUGUUUCAGCAGGUUCAUAUAUAUUUUUGGAUGGAGAAUAUAAUGAGCUAAGCCACUACCCUGUAACUAGAAGAUCUGAUCUGUAAUUGAUGCACCUGAUUUAUCAUGAAUAAGCAAGUCCAUCAUCCUCAAAGCUAAACUAUCAGCAUACAUAUCUUGUCUUAGGUGAUGGAAGUUCAUAUGUCGUUUGUCUUGAAAGUCUUUAUGUCCUUGUUCUUAAUUUUGUCAACUAAUUAGGUCACUUCAGUCCUCAAUCCGGUAAGAGAAAAAGGGGAUCGAAUCCGGCCCAAAUGAUCAUAACUUUUAUUUGGCAUUCGUAAUUUUCCUCAUUAAUGAUAAUUUACAUGUUGCGUACCAA